AUGGCAGCUCCACACCAGUAUCACCAGCCAAAUGCCCCAGACGACGAUUCCGACCUUGAGCUUGAUCUCGAGGAACUCGACCCGAUCGGCAGUAGAUCCUCUGUUUCACCCGCACGAAAUAGUUCGAGUGCACCCAAGAAACCCUAUCAUGAACUGGGCGCAAGGAUACCGCUGAGGAAUCUAAGGGUGGGCAGGUUGCGGAGAAACAGGCAGAGACAGGAGCCGGAGGAGGAGGAUCUACGAGGCCUGAUAGAAGAUGAAAACAGGCACUCAGAGGGUAGCUACGGGCAAUCAGGAGACGAAGACUCGGCAUUGCUAUCCUCACAUAACAACGACCGGCCGAAACACCAGCGGAAGCCGAGCGCUUUGUCUCGUUUCCAGUCUACCAUACGCCUUCCCAGCUUCCUCUCCGCCUCGAGCCCAAACCGACAGCCCAUACAAUUAGGCGGAACUGCCCCCGAACAAGACAGUACAGAAGAAGAGCACGACCCUACUACCCAACGUACUAUCGCUGUCGGACAGUUGCAGACCGCCAGAUUUCCCGCGAACGCUGUCUCCAACGCCAAAUAUACCCCCUGGAGCUUUCUCCCGCGUACUUUGUACACCGAAUUCUCAUUCUUCAUCAACAUGUACUUUCUGCUUGUCGCGUUAUCGCAAAUUAUACCCGCUCUGCGAAUCGGAUACUUAUCGACCUACGUUGUACCACUGGGGUUUGUCAUUACGAUUACUUUAGGAAAGGAGGCUUUGGAUGACAUCGCGAGAAGGAGAAGAGAUGCGGAAGCGAAUUCGGAGCCUUAUACUGUGUUGAAAUUCGAGGAGAAUGGCGGGAAUGGGGUUGCGCCGGGGAGGGAUUCGAGCAAAAGGCGGAGGCUGCGCAGAGGAAAGAGAGCGAAUGGCGGACGCGCAACUGAUAUCGAGGACGAGGAACAACAGAUAGCCUCGACUGGUGGCCUUCCCACUGCUAGUCACUGGGAGCUUAUAAGGCCCUCCCGAAGUCUAAAGGUUGGCGAUAUAGUCAAGCUAGGGAAGGACCAGCGUGUUCCUGCUGACAUGGUUAUUUUGAAAUGUUACUCGGCGGAUGCCGAAACCGCCACUCAUACUGCAGAGAUAUCGGCAGAUGCGGGGUCAUCUGGAGAGGCGUUCAUUCGCACAGAUCAACUGGAUGGCGAAACUGACUGGAAGCUGCGUCUUACAUCUCCGCUUACACAGAAUCUUGAUGUAGGCGAGUAUACGAGAUUGCGGGUCACCGCAGGCAAGCCAGAUAAGAAGGUCAAUGAGUUCUACGGUACGGUCAGCCUUCUACCAAAACGUCAAAGCGAAUACGAUCCUCAUGAGCAGGAAUCAUCCUCAACCGAAGAAGCCCAAUCCUCGCCGUUAGGCAUCGACAACACUAUAUGGGCGAAUACCGUACUCGCAUCGAGCUGCAAUGUUCUCGCUGUAGUAGUUUACACUGGACCCCAAACACGGCAAGCCCUUUCCACAUCCGCCUCUCGGUCGAAGACUGGCCUCUUGGAGCUGGAGAUCAACGCUCUUACCAAGUUCCUAUGUAUUUUCACACUUUCGCUCUCCUUUGUCCUUGUUGCUCUUAAUAGAUUUCAGGACAUUGAUGGUCAGAAGUGGUACGUGUCGAUGAUGCGAUUCUUGAUCCUGUUCUCCACGAUCGUUCCUGUCGGUCUGCGUGUCAAUCUAGACAUGGGCAAGUCGGUAUACGCGUGGUUUAUCGAGCAUGACAAGAGUAUCCCAGGGACAGUUGUGAGAACCAGUACUAUUCCAGAAGAUCUGGGUCGAGUGGAGUAUCUUCUCAGCGAUAAAACGGGAACAUUGACUCAAAAUGAAAUGGAGAUGAAAAAGAUACACGUUGGGACCGUGUCCUAUGCUAAUGAAGCUAUGGACGAAGUCGCAUCAUACGUUCAACAAAGUUUCUCGACCGCUUCCGGCGAAGCGCCUUCUUUCGUAACACCUUCAUCUACCUACGUUGCCCCUCUCACCUCUGCCACACGAACACGUCGAGAGAUUGGUUCGCGUGUACGUGACGUGGUACUGGCGCUUGCUCUCUGCCACAACGUCACCCCUAUCACGGAAGAAGAGAACGGGAAAACGGUUACCAGCUACCAAGCAUCUUCUCCGGAUGAGAUCGCCAUCAUUCGGUGGACGGAAAUGUCCUGCGUCGGUGGCAAUACGGUGGUUCGCGUACGCAUACUCAACGUCUUUCCUUUCACUUCUGAAAGCAAGAGAAUGGGUAUCGUUGUCAAGUUCUGGCAUGGACCUAUUGAAUCACCUUCGGAUGAGGAUGGAGAGAUCUGGUUCUACCAAAAGGGCGCCGACACAGUGAUGACCUCCAUCGUAGCCGCAAAUGACUGGCUCGACGAAGAAACUGCCAACAUGGCCCGUGAAGGUCUCCGAACCCUCGUUGUAGGUCGUAAGAAGCUCUCAACGCAGUCAUAUCAGGAUUUCUCCGCCAAGCUUGCACAGGCAUCGCUCGCGCUCCACAACCGAGACAACGCAGUCGCGGACGUGGUCAAAGAAUAUCUCGAGCGUGACCUCGAGCUUCUCGGUGUUACUGGUGUCGAAGACAAGCUUCAAAAAGACGUCAAGCCAUCACUAGAGCUCCUCCGCAACGCCGGUAUCAAAAUUUGGAUGUUGACAGGCGACAAAGUCGAGACAGCACGCUGCGUGGCCGUGAGCUCGAAGCUUGUAGCGCGUGGGCAGUACGUGCACACCAUCGCAAAGAUGAAACGCAAAGAUCUCGCUCACUCGUCUCUUGACUUCCUGCGUGGCAAGACUGACGCCUGCCUGCUCAUUGACGGCGAGUCACUUGCUUUAAUGCUCAACCACUACCGACAGGAAUUCAUUUCCAUCGCCGUACAGCUUCCUGCUGUUGUAGCCUGUCGCUGUUCGCCCACGCAAAAGGCUGACGUCGCCUACCUGAUACGUGACUACACCAAAAAGCGCAUCUGCUGCAUCGGCGAUGGCGGAAACGACGUUUCUAUGAUCCAAGCCGCCGACGUUGGCGUCGGCAUCGUCGGCAAAGAAGGAAAGCAAGCCUCCCUUGCCGCCGACUUCUCCAUCGAGCAGUUCUGCUACCUCGUCAAACUGCUCGUGUGGCACGGCCGUAACUCCUACAAGCGCAGCGCAAAGCUGUCCCAAUUCGUCAUCCACAGGGGUCUAAUCAUUAGUAUCUGCCAAACGGUCUACUCCAUCGCCUCUUCCUUCGAACCCAACGCCCUCUACCGCGACUGGCUCCUUGUCGGCUACUCAACAGUGUACACUAUGGCCCCCGUCUUCUCGCUCGUGCUGGACCGCGAUGUCGACGAAUCAGUGGCGAAUUUGUACCCUGAGCUCUACGCUGAACUCAAGCUAGGCCGCUCUCUCUCCACGAAGUCCUUUUUGAUCUGGGUCGCUGUGAGUAUCUACCAAGGCAGCAUGAUCCAGGGUCUCUCACAACUCCUCGUCGGCGUCGGAGAGCCCGACACCCCCAUCUUCAGCCGCAUGGUAGCAGUAUCGUUCUCUGUGCUCAUCGUCAACGAGCUCAUCAUGGUCGCUAUGGAAGUCACGACGUGGCAUUGGAUCAUGAUUGCGUCUAUCUUUGGGACGGCGAGUAUCUACUUCGGUAGCCUGCCUUUCUUGAGUGAAUACUAUGAUCUGGGGUUUGUGAGUAGUCUGGGUUUCUGGUGGAAGUUUGCGGUUAUUGGAGCGAUAAGUUUGAUUCCGCCGUAUGUAGCGAAGGUGGUGGGGAGGACGUUGAAGCCGCCGAGUUAUCGGAAGGUGCAGGGUUUGUAA